UCAUCUUUAUUCAUAAUUUAAUAUAAUAUUGUUAUCUGUUAUACAGCUGUAGUCUCGUCAACAUUAUAAUAAUGUUUGUAUGUCGAUCGUGUUGUCUACGUAACGACGCUUGUUUAUUUCCAUCGAUCACACAGUUAAGUGCGGUCUGUGUGUAUAAAUAUAUUAUGUAUAUACGAUUUUUUAUGUACGUAUGUCUUGACAUAGUUCAGUCCGAUAAUGUGCUUGCGACGGGAAAUAAAACAACUCUUGGAGUCCUUGCAUAUUGUUCAAUGAAUCUAGCUUUUCCGGUCAUUUCCAGUAAUUUUCCAGUCCGUUUCGAAGAAUGGAGGCGUUCAGGGAUGCUGUGCGUAGGGUCAUGAGCAGGUCGUCUGACGAUCAACAGAUGGACUGCGUACUCAUGGCGUCCGUCCAGAAGCAGCUGACCGAAGUCGCGGACGCCGUAGCCUCGGUCUGGCCACUGGCUGAACUGUCAGACCCAGAGAGACGCGAGUGCGCUAAGACUUCGGCCGUAAAACGAUUUCCGGCGAGAAGCAUCGUCUACGAUGACGUUCGCAACUCCAUCGAGGCAAACGCUUACUUCGUGCUCGAAGGACGGUGUACUUGCAUGCAGCGACUCCGGGUCCGCAAGACGACAGAAUAUGGCCGCAACCGUUUCACGCUGAUCCUUGACACUGGCAGUGACGGCCAAUCACAUUCGGACCUAAAGAAAAACGUACAGACGGUCUACGUGAAGAUGGCAGAUCUACGACCGGGUUCGGUUUUUGGCCUUGGUGAAAGGCGGUCGGGGCGAAUAGUGAUGGCCACAGCCGAUGUUAAGUGUUUGCUGGUCCCUUUGGCGUUCCUCGCCAAGCACAACUCGUCCAACAUCUGGGGUCGGACUGUGUGCUCCCUGAAUGGUACCAACCCGACGGUCGAACAGUCGUUCCGGAAGUUAGUCGUGGAAAACAGAUGGGAAGAAUACAAGAAGUCGUUAGCAGACGACUUGUUCCGGAAACGCCGACCAUAGUAUUGUUAUUAUUAUUAUGACCACUGUGAAUAAUAUUAUUUUUUAUGUUAUUUUUACGAACGACGUAGUAUAUAGUCGUAUCGUGUUUUUUCUUUUUAUUAUGACUAAAGAGGUUAAGUACCUACCUUUGGUUUAAGUAACCUAUAUAACGGGUUUUGUCUUUUUAUCGUGCUUGUCGUUAAAUUUACAAUAAAUUACAUAUAAAAUA